AUGGCUCCCAAAGAUUACCCGCCCAUCCACCAGGUCGCGCAAGACUCCACGGAGCCGCGUGCCAAGGGCAAAAUCGUGAUCAUCACCGGCGCAAACUCCCUUCUCGGCAUUGGCCGUGCUUCGGCGCAUCAGUUCGCCCAGAACGGCGCCCGUGCCGUCUACCUAUGCGACUUCGCCGACGACCAUCUUGCUGCCCACAAGCAGGACCUCGACCGCCGCUUCCCGUCCGUUGACAUCCACGUCCGCAAGUUUGACGCAGCCGACGAGGCCGCCGUCCGCGACGUCAUCUCCGACGCCCUGCAGCGCUACGGCCGCCUCGACGUCUUCUUUGCGAAUGCCGGCAUCCUGGGGCCCCAGACCGUGUUCAGCAACGUCGACGCCGACGGCUUCAUGCAGACCUUGCGUGUCAACACCCUGGGCCCGUUCCUGGCGGCCAAGUACGCCGCCCCGGCCAUGCAAAAGACGUCCGCCGCCAAGCCUGUGGCCGGCGGCAGCAUUAUCAUGACAGCGUCCGUGGCUGGCAUGCGGUCCAACGCCGGGUCGACGCCGUACUCGGCCUCGAAGGCGGCCGUCAUCUCGCUGGCCCAGACGCUGGCGUUCCAGCUGGUCGGCACGGGCGUGCGCGUGAACGCCGUUUGCCCUGGGCUGAUCGAGACGGGCAUGACGUCGGUUGUGUUUGAGACAGCGAGGGCGCGCGGCACGCAGGGCAAGAUUGGCCAGCUCAACCCGCUGCGGCGCGGGGGCCACGCCGACGAGAUUGCGCGCGCGGUGCUGUUCCUGGGCAGCGACGAUGCGAGCUACGUCAACGGCCAGGCAUGGGCGGUCGACGGCGGCCUGAGCGCGGGCCACCCCUUCGUGCCAGCGACGGCCCACCUGGUCAGCACCGAAGCGCUGGAUAUACCACUGCCGGCCUUUGACGGCCCGUGGCAGCAUCGCAAACACCUCGUUGACCACAAACAUGCGUGCCGGCACACAGCCCCAGCCCGCCGCCAUGUAGAAGCCCGUCCACUCCACCCACUCCACAAAGUAGUGCGGGUACAGCAUGUACUUGAACAGCCCGGCCUCGGGGAUCUGGUAGUGCUUGCCCACCUUUUCAAGCGGCGUGCCGUCCUCCAAGGCUUUGCGCGCGCGCCGCUGUUCCUCGCGCCGCCGUAUCUCCCGCAGCUCGUCGUCGUGGUAGUAGUUGGCCGCCAGCCCCAGAUAGAACACGGCAAUGCCGACCACGAACUGGAGCGUGGGCCAGGGCGACAGCUGCGCGUCCCACUCGGCAGCCGUCGUGGGCCCGUAGGCGGCAAGCCAAGAGGCUAUGCUGGUCGCGUUGAAGAGCUGGAAGAUGAGGCCUGCGCACCACACCAGCAGGUGGAUGGGCGACAUGGACGGCGCCAUGAGCGGGUACAUGAUGGCGCGGUAGCUGUAGUGGAUGACAAAGAGGCCGGCGAGCACCUUGUUCUGCCAGGGCAGGUCCGCGAUACCCUGCUCCUUGGUGAGCGUGCCCAUAAUGUAGACCAGCGUCAGGAAGCCGGGGCUCUCCAUCGUCAUCCAGGCGAUGCGCCCGGGGAUGUUGAAGCGGCUGUCAACGGACGUCUUGCCCAUGCCGUACCAGCUGAUGAUCCAUUGCAGCGAGGGGAACUGACGGUCAGCGGAGAAUGA